CAAGCAUGGUCCUCGACAGGAGUUGCACAGGUGCUAUGGCAUCAUGAUUAUCCAGUGGAGCAUCGACCAUGACCGAUUUUGAUCUCUCCUUUGUUCCGGCGCUCUACACUCCAUCGGCCCUGUUGCCCAUUGCGAGACAUAAAGCCAGCCUUCUCUACACAAUCGAAAACCAUCAGGUCACUGUCAUAGUAGGUCAGACAGGCAGCGGCAAAACUACACAACUUCCCCAGUUCCUUGAACAAGCGGGAUGGUGCUCCGACGGAAAAUGUAUUGCGAUCACUCAGCCCAGGAGAGUGGCUGUCACCACGGUGGCUACUCGAGUCGCAGAGGAGAUGAGAUGCCAGGUUGGUGAAGAAGUGGGAUACUCGAUUCGCUUCGAGGACGUAACGUCUGCGCGGACGAGGAUCAAAUUUCUCACGGAUGGCAUGCUACUGAGAGAAGCCUUGGUCGACCCCCUAUUGACAAGGUACUCGAUAAUCAUGGUCGACGAAGCUCAUGAAAGAUCUUUGAGUUCGGAUGUUCUACUAGGGCUGCUGAAGAAGAUCAAGAAGCGACGACCAGAAUUGAGGAUCAUCGUCAGCAGUGCCACGCUGGAAGCCGAACGAUUCGUAGAAUUCUUCAGACAUGAGGAUGCAACAGAUGAACAAUGUCGGAUUGUCAGUAUCGAAGGGCGCACAUAUCCUGUCGAUAUGCUCUAUCUGGACCAGCCGACGGAUGACUACGUCGAAAAGGCUGUACGGACGGCGUUUACCAUCCAUCAAGAAGAAGCUCCUGGUGAUAUUCUGGUCUUCCUCACGGGCAGGGAGGAGAUCGAAACUGCCAUGCAAAAAUUAUCCGAACUAGCCUCGACACUACAUCCCCAAGCACAAGCGCUUCAACCACUUCCCUUGUACGCUGGGCUGAGCACAGAAGAUCAGAUGUACGUCUUCUCCGAAGCAGCAGAAAACACACGCAAAGUGAUCCUCAGCACCAACAUCGCCGAAGCCUCCGUGACUGUCUCUGGUGUGGUGUAUGUCAUUGACUGCGGCUUCGUCAAACUCCGCGCUUUCAAUCCGACCACCAACAUCGACACAUUGACCCCCUUCCCAGUGUCAAAAGCCUCAGCAAUCCAGCGAGCCGGCCGCGCUGGCCGCACGCAACCGGGCAAAUGCUUCCGCCUUUACACCCGGCAAGCCUAUGACGCCCUACCUGCAACAACGCCACCAGAAAUCCAGCGUUCAAAUCUUGCGCCGAUGGUCCUCCAACUCAAAGCUCUUGGCAUCGACAACAUUGUUCGCUUCGACUUCAUCUCGCCGCCUCCGUCGCAACUCCUGAUCCGCGCGUUCGACCUGCUUUACUCCCUCGGCGCGGUCGACGACUAUGCGAAACUCACCUCUCCACUGGGCACACGCAUGGCCGAACUCGCCAUCCCACCCAUGAUGGCGAAGUGUCUCCUGACCUCAUCCGACGCAAAGUUCAACUGCCAGAGCGAAAUGCUCACCAUCGCCGCCAUGACUUCGCUCCAAGGCAAUGUCUGGUUCCACCACAGCGGCGAGAAGAAGGCUAUGGACUUGUCGCGCCGAAAGUUCGCAGCCGAGGAAGGCGAUCAUCUCACAUUGUUGAACGUCUACCAAGCCUUCGUGACCAAAGGCAAGAAAGAAGCUCGUUGGUGUCAUGAGCACCACUUGAACUUCAAGUCCAUGCAGCGCGCAGUAAGUAUCCGGAACCAGCUGAGGCGGUACCUUGAACGCUUAGGCGUUAAGGUGCAGGAUUCGCCGGCCACCGCACAACUAUCGUCAUUGUCGACCGCACAGCCGAAUCCGACAGAGAAAGCGACAAAUACUGUCAAGUGUCUCGUGACAGGUUUCUUCUCAAAUGCUGCCAAGAUGCAGCCUGACGGGACUUUCAGGUCGGUUUCGGGAAAUGUCACGUUGCACGCGCAUCCAACGAGUCUCAUGUUCAACCGAAAGGCUGAGUACGUGGUCUUUCACGAGCUCCUGCAGACCGGAGACAAGGUCUAUCUCAAGGACAUCAGCAAGGUGGAGAAGCAGUGGCUGGUGGACUUUUCGGGCGGUUAUUACAAUAUCAAGUAGUCAAUUCCGAGAGCGUUGAACUCAGCAUGUCCAGGCACACUUGGAAAGAAUGCUGUGCACGAACAGUGAUAAGUAAUGCUAUCUCUUUGAGACCGG